AUGUAUUUAAGCGACUAUUCAAGUCGCAGUUUGUUCAUCUCAAUUUUACUGUUUUACUUUCUUACCACCAAAGUCCAGCGAGCUCGUUCAAUAGGUUAUGAGCCCCGAGAGUUACUGAGCUCACUACCGCUUGCCCACGCUGUCAAACUAUCGUUCAUCGACGCCCGAGCAUUCUCCAUCGUCUACGCCGUUGCCACCUGCCAACACGCACCUUUACCCAAUUCCUCGUCCGACACAUCGUUUGAUACCGUCGGCUACGAUCUUAACGAUCGAUUAUUCGAGCUACAGCUUGGCUCUACUGAAUACCACUUUGCACGCAAACAGCUCGACUUUUACGAGCAGCUUCUAGACGCGCAUUCAGGCGACGUUAUUUGCCGUUUACCUAUCGAGGAUCGACUCUACUUACUAUCAUUCAAUCGCAUCGAAUAUCCGACACCUCCACCAUCUCAGAAUCGUUCAGCAAUGGCCCCACCUACGUCUAGCACAGGUAAUACUAUCAUCAUUGCCAAUAAAAACUACUCCAUUUCGAAGCUACAAGGACAGGAAGACUAUCAAGUAUGGAAGAUUCAAAUGGAAGACAUGUUUCAGGACAUUGAGGUCCUAGAAAUCGUUGAAGGCACCACUCUGCGACCUUCCAAUAAUCAAGAUGCUGCCUUUUGGGACAAACAAAACAAGGCCUCCCUUGGAGCCUUACGUCGUCGCGUUGAAACCGGUCCUAUGACCCAUAUUGCUUGUUGCACAAGCAUUACCAAAGCCUAUAUUUGCUUGAAAAACCAGAGGGGUAGUGGGGAAAUUUGGGUCAAAAAGGGUCCAUAUAUGCGCAUUCUCUUGGCAGAUUCGGAGCACAGCCACCUACAGCUCUUGAAAUAG